CCGCCGCCGUCGCAGCCGCAAGUGUCGCCAUGCCGGUGGACCUGGCCAAGUGGGACGGGCCGCUGAGCCUCGCCGAGGUGGAGCAGAAACCGGCGCACCCGCUGAGGGUCAAGUACGGCUCCGUGGAGAUCGACGAGCUGGGCAAGGUGCUCACGCCCACUCAGGUCCAGCAUCGCCCCACCAGCAUCGAGUGGGACGGCUGCGAUCCCCAGAAGCUUUACACGCUGGUUCUCACAGACCCUGAUGCGCCCAGUCGGAAGGAUCCAAAGUUCAGAGAGUGGCAUCACUUCCUGGUGACCAACAUGAAGGGCAACAACGUGGGCAGCGGGACCGUGAUGUCGGAUUAUGUUGGCUCCGGGCCUCCCAAGGGAACAGGGCUGCACCGCUACGUGUGGCUGGUGUACGAGCAGCCGCAGCAGCUGGCCUGCAGCGAGCCCGUGCUGUCCAACCGCUCCGGGGACAAGCGCGGCAAGUUCAAGGUGGCCGCCUUCCGCAGCAAGUACGGGCUGGGGGCGCCGGUGGCGGGCACCUGCUACCAGGCCGAGUGGGAUGACUACGUGCCCAAGCUCUACGAGCAGCUCUCGGGGAAGUAGGGCCCGGGCUGGGGCUGGGCACGGUGCUGUAGUUCUGUUCUGUUAAUGAGUUGAACCCGUGUCCUGCUCUGACCACUGGCAAUGUCACCAUCCCUGCUCCGUGUCCCUGUGUUCAGGCCUGUGCUGAUGCUCGUGGUAUCCUAGCUAGAGAGCUGCUGAUGGGUGUCCCUGGCUCCAAACUGACCUGCUUAAGGGAAUUAAAAGCCUUUGUGAAUUAGUGUCAAUUCAGGGGGUCUCUGCUGUCUUGGCAUGGCUUGAGGUGGCAGGGGUGUGGGUACACAACCACUUUGGGGUGGGUGCUGGCUGUGGAGACUCCCUUUUCCAGGAGAGGAGAGGGCAGUCAAAGGGAAACUUGCUCCCCUUUUUUUUUUUUCUUUUCCCCCUCCUACGUUUGGCCAGUGCCUCCACAUCACCACUACAGUAGUGAAGGUGCAGCUUGAGGGGGAGGCAGGAGCUGGCCUAGAGCACUUCCUUCUGUUCUCUGCUGCCACUCAAAGCUGAGACCACUUUGUUCUGUUCAGUCCUCAGUUCUCUUCUGUGGUGACCUGCCCUGUGCUCACAGUGCAAUUAAAAACUUCCCAAGG